CACAGGAAACACGUGACCCUGAGAGUUAAAUGUUGAACUUGUAGAAACUCGCGCUCACACAUUCACACACUCCCCACACUGCGGCAGGAUCACCAAAUGCCAGCAUCUGAACCCCCACACGUGCUGGGAAUGGAGCCUAGGACCUGUGCGUGCCAGGGAAGUGCGCUACGCAUUGAGCCGCUGUUCUUUAUGGUUGCCAGUUCUUAAGUGUUGCCUAAUACCUUACCCCAAUGACAUAAUAGCCCGAUAUGCCUCCCUGUCGCUGUUUAUAAAGUUCUCCUUCACGUGUGAAUGGAAUUGAGUUCUCCGAUUGAUGUGAGGCAGUCGCCAGCUGUGUCCCCGGAGCCCACAGACUCCACCAACCCCGCCUGAGAUGUCUUCUUUCGCUUGCUGGAGCCUAUCUCUAACUCUUCUUUCCCUGCUGUGUUGUCCAGGGUCUGGUGAGGAGGCGUUUAAGGUCUACUUCUGGUCCGAGAAGCAAAUAGUAGAAAGCACAGACUCUUGGAAAGUCAACUGCAGCACCAACUGUGAGGCCCCGGAAUCGGGUGGUCUGGAGACCUCCCUGCUCAAGACAAAGUUGGAUGAGCACCCCCAAGGGAAGUGGAAACAGUUCUUAGUCUCAAACAUCUCCGAAGACGUGGACCUUCUGUGUUACUUCAACUGUGUGGAAAAACAGGAAUCGAAGAGCUUCAGAAUCAGAGUAUACCAGCCUCCAGCUUGGGUCACAGUAAAGCUGCAUCCCCCUCGGGUGUUUGUGGGUGAAGUCUUCACCAUUGAGUGCAAGGUGUCCGCUGUGAAGCCGCUCGAGAGCCUCACCCUAUCUCUGCUCCGUGGCAGAGAGACCCUGCAGAACCAGACCUUUGGGGGAGCUGAAACCGACCCCCAAGAAGUCACAGCCACAUUCAACAGCACAGCUCUCAAAAAGGAUGGCCACAAUUUCUCCUGCCAGGCUGUGAUGGACCUGCGGCCCUAUGGCGGGUACAUCAUCCGCAGCACCUCAGAAUCCCAGGUCCUUGAAGUCUACGAGCCCAUGCAGGACAACCAGAUGGUCAUCAUUAUCGUAGUGGUGUCGAUACUGCUGUUCUUAUUUGUGACAUCUGUCCUACUCUGCUUCAUCGUCGGCCAGCACUGGCACAGGAGGCGGACGGGCACCUAUGGGGUGCUAGCUGCCUGGAGGAGGCUUCCCCGAGCCUUCCGGUCACGUCCUGUGUGAGCUGAUGUUGCUAGGGCCCCUGGUGGCGUCUUCGGGGUCUGGCCUAGCGCUGGCCGAAGGACUGUGGCAAUAGCACAAGACUCUGAGGACAUUUCUUUUAUUUUUUUAGCCUCAAUACAAACACCUGGAUUUUC